UGUGGCUCACAGCGUGACGAAUUAGAGGUAGCAUGUCCGGGGCAGGACAUGGAUGGAGAUGACGAGUUGCUGGAUCCAUUCUCCGGUGCUGAGACUGCAGCGCAGUCGGUUCUGGAGCAGGUCCUCCAGGAGGGAGGAAAGCUCCUGUAUGACAGCUACAUCCACCGCAAGUCCUUUUCCUUCGCCGCGAAUGCCGCCUGCGAGGCUCUUGUGGGUGAGCUCAAGAUGUGCUUCGUCCGCCACGAUGAUGGGGAGCAUCAGCAGAUUCCGCUGAAGCGGCCCAGCCUCACGGCGCGCCCGGCGACGGGUAGCAAGGCGGAGCUGCUGCGGCAGCAAAGCUCGGAGGGGGACAUCUUCGCUCGAGGCGAGGCGCCGCGGCCGGGCUCUGCACCCGUGGGCCUCACCUCAGCGAGGUCUUUUAGGAAGGAGGAGGAGCCUGAGUCUGGCAAAUUGGCUCCCAAAGAUGGCUGGUGCCUCGAAAGCGAGCCCCCUAGGUGUCGCAUCGACACCUGGGCGCGGGCCUGUGUGCCGGUGAAGAAGGUUGUGCGGAAAGACGACCGCAAGGCCGAGAAGAACCCCAGGCGGUCUGGCUCACGUGCCUCGGUGGGGUCUAUCUCCAUGGCUGGCAGUAGAACGCCCUCCCGCUUCGGGGUUCAUACUCUUCCUGAGGAGGCGCCCAAGCCACAGAUCAGGAAUCAGGUGAUACCUUUGGUGGAUGAGCGAGAGGAGGACGAGGAGGAAGCUAUGCUGAGAGAUCUCAAAGAGCGAGAGGCGCGAAAGAUGAGAGAUGAGCAGGUCCGAACAGAGAGAAAGGCCGCUGCUGAGAUCGAGGAGGCGGCCAAAUUAGCGUCCGUCAAGGACGACAAGAAGAAGCAGUUCGCCUACGACUCAGAGGGCAAUGUGAUUGUGGUACAGCCGCCACAAGUCCAUCGCUUGCCGAACAUGAAUGCCGUGCCCAUGUUCUCCUGCAAGCAGGAGGAGGCGCCCAAGGCGCAGGAGAAGCCGAAGGGCAAGGGUGAUAAGGCCGCUCGCGGCAAGCGGGAGAACUCGGUGGAGUACAAGGAUGGCUUCAAGAAGUUCCUCUCGCAGCAGCCCUCCAUGAUGGAGGCCAUGGUGAUGUCUUCGGGCGUGGAGCUAGAAGAAAGGAACCGCACCAAGAAGAGCGAGAAGGCCAAAGCCAAGCCUGAGACCAUGUCGAGGAAGGAAUACGAAGACAUGGCAAAAGGUGCUGGACCUCCUCCUCAGAGAGGGACGGAGGAGAAGAAGCCGACGCCGCCGAAAGCGCCGCUGGAGACGCCCCGGGCUGCGCCGUUAGAGCCGGCGCCCCCGCGGCAGCAGGCGGUCCAGGCCACGCAGGCGGCGCGCGAGACGCCGGAGCCCGCACGAGACGCCAGAGAACAUGCAAGUGAGGCGGCGAAGGUGGUACGCUCCGACGUGGGCUCAGACCUGGUGCGAGCGCCGCACGCGCCCGCGACAGCCCGGCCCAUUCAGCCUGUGCCGCCGUCUGUGCGACGAAUCCAGACAAAGCGGGACGCUCUUGGGUAUGUCCUCAGUACCCGCGAGCGGCCCCGCGCGGACCUGGGUUCCCGGUUCCCCCAGUGCGCCGCGCAGCCGCCUUUGGGUGCCACCAUGGGUCAUGGACUGGCGCCCAGCCCUCGCAAGUACGAGGAUUACUACUUCCCGAACACCACAGCAAAUUCUCAACUUGCUGGCGAGGAAGAGGCGGCAGCUCCGGUCCAGCGCAUCGAGGGUCAGAUCGUGAGCAAGAACCCGCAGCUCAAGAGCCGGCUCUUCGGCAAAUGAGAGCGUUUGUGACUUCACCUGCACUGGCCCAGCCCAGUGGCACGUGUUUUUUUGUUGGAUGUCCGGUGUCACCCUUUCGCAGUUUUGGGG